GUAAAGACUAAAGAGCCGGGUCCAGACAGCAAAUGAGUCUUGUUGGUCUUGGAUCAACAACAAAUUUUGUUCCGUAUGACAGACAUGAAAUGGAGGGGCAAUGACUGACUGGUUAUAUUAGGGGUGAGAAAAUUGCAUGGGAUCGGGGGCAAGGAGUGAGUCAUGAUUUUAUCCAUCAAACUGAAAAGCCUGGAUUCUUUUCUUUAUGGCACAUGUGGGACCAGACCGCAAAGGUGGAAAGAAAUAUCCAAAAGUAAUUCACCUAUAUCAACGGCUCAAAAACACAUCCCCUUUUUCAAAUGAUUUCGCCGAUGUGGGUCAGGCAGUGGUGUACCAUAAGAGAACCCCGUCCCUCCGUCCUUUCCCCAUAAUUACCAUCAUGCCAUCAUGGCCGGCACCAAUGAAAAUGUAGCCUUGUAGUUGUUGCCUGGUUGAUGGUUCCGAGAUGAGUUUUGCAUAUAUCCGGAUGAUGAUCAUCAUAACUAGUAGGAGUGAUUAUGAUUGCGCAUGCCAUGAUGGUCCAUCGUCGCGGAGCCAAGAGCGGAAGAGGCAUACUUUCCCCUUCUCUAUCAAACACUUUCUGCUCCUUUUAAGUUAGUAGCGUAGUUAGUUCCAGUAUUUAUUUAUUAUUUAUUAUUACUCUGAGAGGAGCGAAAACAAACCCACCACCACCUCCUUUCCAAUUACCUCCUGUGUCAGAAAUCCAACACAGACAAUUAAUAAAUAUACACUAAAACAAGACGACGACCGCAAGUCAGAAAUCUCGACCAGACCACCCUCUCCCCUUUGUUACAGAACAAAGAAAAAUAGACCUCCAGCUUGACCCAUUUGCCAUCUACAUUACCAUCGCCAUUAGCCAGGCAGUCCGGUCUACUCCCAUGGCUGCAGCCCUCGAGUGCUGGUCCAGCCGAGCAACCACCGACGAUGACAUGGUGGAGCAGGUCCUGAUGCGGACCAACGACAGAUCCGAGGAGAGCUCUUCCUCCUCUGCUUCAGCCAAAGCCGAAGCGCCAUCCGCCAUGCACAAACGAUUUCAGAGGCUCAGCAGGAACGUCUCCGAAGCCAUCGCCUCCCUCAAGAACUCGCUUAACCUCGACUCCUCCCAACGUGAUCAGCACUUGCCCCCUUCUGUUUCUGUCCAUUCUGCCUCCAAGGUCGAGACUUGCCGAAAAGUGGUCUGGGGUACAGUUGUACGGAACUUGACACAGCUUUAUCCUGGAAGUCAGUUGCCUGAGAAGCUUGUCUCCAAUAUUAGGAAGCAUUAUGAUUCCUUGCCUCUCAGUUAUGCGCAGGCGGGCUUUGAUAUGAAAGAAGUGUUUCUACAUAUAAAAUUGAUAGAGCAGGCAUCAGGGGAUGAUCACCCCGCUAUAUUCAUUCAACAAGUGUCUGAGGAUGAGGUACAAGGUUCUGUUUUUAAGCUCACAUUUGCUUGUAACUCUUCCUUUUCUUGGUCUGCCAUGUCUGGUGCUCUUGAUACCGCUUCCAUUUGUUGCAAGAAGAUACAGAUAUUUGAGAAGAAAGGCUUUACUCUUGGAAUCAUUCUGUUCUUGGUUCAACCGGCCCAAGACAAGUUAUUUAAAUCCCACAUCGAGAAUGCCCUCAAAUCUGCUAUCAAGAAACCCAAAAUGACCACUGUGAAGCUACCAUUUGGGCUUUGCGGGUGUCAGGAGGAGAAUUCUAAAGGGAGAGACUUUGGGGAAAUUGAAGAAGACGCAAUUGAGCAGACUCAUAGAAAUGGGAUUGAAAAUUCAAAUACAAAGAUUCAGCUUCAAAUGCCUCUGCCCACUUCAUCGUUUGUUGUAUUGGUUGAUGAAUGGCAAACCAUCCAAUCAGGUGGGGACGAGAUUGGAAAAUGGCUCUUAAACUCUGACAAUCUUGAGUUUGUCGAUCAGAUUGGACCCAACUCGUUUAAAGGUGUUUACAAGGGUAAACGUGUUGGAAUUGAAAAGCUCAAAGGAUGUGACAAGGGGAAUUCUUAUGAGUUUGAACUUCGAAAAGAUCUCUUAGAGCUGAUGACUUGUGGGCAUAGGAACAUUUUGCAAUUUUAUGGUGUUUGUGUUGAUGAAAAUAAUGGGUUGUGUGUCGUGACCAAGUUGAUGGAAGGUGGAUCAGUCCAUGAUUUGAUGCUAAAGAACAAGAAGCUUCAGAUUAAGGAGAUAAUAAGAAUUGCUGCUGAUGUAGCUGAAGGGGUCAAGUUUAUGAAUGAUCAUGGUGUUGCAUACAGAGACCUCAACACACAGAGGAUUCUGCUAGAUAAACAUAGUAAUGCUUGCUUGGGGGACAUGGGUAUAGUCACAGCUUGCAAGAAUGUUGGCGAGGCAAUGGAGUAUGAAACUGAUGGUUACCGUUGGCUAGCUCCUGAGAUCAUUGCUGGGGACCCAGAGAAUGUUACUGAGACAUGGAUGAGCAAUUCCUAUAGUUUUGGGAUGGUGAUUUGGGAGAUGGUGACUGGUGAGGCAGCCUAUUCUGCAUGUUCACCGGUGCAAGCAGCAGUAGGAAUAGCUGCUUGUGGCCUAAGGCCUGAUAUCCCGAAGGACUGCCCACAAAUCCUCAAAUCUCUGAUGACCAAGUGCUGGAAUAAUUGCCCAUCAAAGCGACCUCAAUUCUCUGAAAUUUUAUCACUGUUGCUGCGGCCCAAUAACAAGCCCAAUAACAAUAGCAAACACUUAUAGGUAAAAUACACUUCAAAAUAAUUCAUGAAAUGUAAUCCAUUCAUGCUGAAAGUGUGUUAAAGAAGGCUUCUUCUGGUGUCUUGCUACCAUGCAUGAAUGUAGAUUUGGAAGUUCCUACAGCAGAAAAGAAGACAUAAGUAUAACUAUAUGUCUUUUCUUUUGCCAA